CCUGAUCCGACAAAGCCAAGAACAGAGUCCAAUGCGUUCCAAGGAAACAACCGAUUUCCAAAGCCAAGCACAACAGAUGCUUGGCAUCCGAAGCCAGGUGUACAGUUUGCAUCCGAGAUUUCUCCAAGCAGUUGCACAGCUGAGGCCAUGUUUUCCACUCAUGACACAUGGGGGAUUAUAGACACAGGUGCCACGAAAACGGUCAUAGGCAGUUCGCAUGUUGCAGACUUGUUGAAAAGCUUGGACCCCUCUGUCAAGGAUCAAGUCAAAAGAUGCAAAUGUGAUGUUGUUUUUCGAUUUGGAAACCAGGGUACUUUGAAAUCUGAACAUGCAAUCAUGAUUCCUUUGUUUGGCCUCGGUUUGAAAAUUGCCAUAGUGCCAGGAACAACACCGUUCCUCCUGUCCAAUACGUUGCUGCGUGCAUUAGGUGCAAGCAUUGACACCGGCGACAACAUGCUGAAGUUCCCAAAGCAUCAGGUCACUGUCCCAGUGAAGUUGUCUCCAAAGGGUCUUUAUCUGGUAGAUAUGAAUCAGCUAAUCAAAGCCGGAAGUCAAGUCCAGCGUAGUUCAGGUUUUGCCGAGACUUUUGCACAAGAAUCUGAAACUCAGAGUGAAAAAUUCCAGGUUGAACCGCCAGCACCUGAAAGUUUUUCAGGUAAAGCCGAUGCGUUUGAAACAGAACCAGCUCAGAUGCUUAGGAUUGCCACCAUGAGCGACUGGACUCAGAGAUUGGCCAAAGUGCAAGCCUCGCUGCCGCAGGAGACUCCCGAGGAGAUAGACCACUUGUCCAUCGAGGAGCUGAAGUUGGAGGUCAUGACAUUCGGAAAGACCCAUCUGGGUCGAACGUACGAGGAUGUAUGGAACUCCAGUCCAGAGUGGACACAGUGGUUCCUGCAGCACUACCAAAAGAGCUCCAAGCUUGCACACCGAAAGAUGAUUCGGUACAUCAAGCUCAAGAUCGAAGCCAUGGAGGAGAACCCCACGCCGGGACGUCAAUCACCGGUGUUGCCCAAAAGCCAUGCAGCACCCAAGACCAUGCCCUUGCGUCCAAAGGCAAAGGCUCAGCCGAGCACCAUGAUGUCUCCGGAAGGGACGGAACCGACACCGGAAGAACCGUGGGUGGCCUCCGAAAAUGCUCAGAUCUCAAGCUUGCAGGAACGUAUGGGUCUCAUGGAGAACGCCUUGCACCAGAUCUUGGCCCAUCUAGCUCCUGCUCCGAUGAUGACCAAUCCGACACCAGAGCUCUUCCCAAUCAUGCCGAUCGAGGAAGAGUGGAACGAUCCCUGGAAUCAGUGA